GAUUGGCUGAGGGAGGGAGGGAGGAACCAACUGUAAAGUCUGCAGUUACUCCAUCAUGAUGACAACAACCUCAGUCUAACUCUGGAUACCUGUUGAGAGCAGUGAGGAAAAGACAGAAAGUGAGAAAAGAGAAAAAGUGUGUAACAAGGAACAACUAUAGAGAGAUAGAGGAGGGGAAGACUGACAGAAGACAGGACACUGGACAUUAUCGACUUGGAAGUCUCAAGGACCACAGAACAGCUGCAGAGCUCCAGACCAGUAGCCCUACCAUCUCCCCAGCAGAGGUCCAGACCACUAGCCCUACCGUCUCCCCAGCAGAGCUCCAGACCAGUAGCCCUACCAUCUCCCCAGCAGAGGUCCAGACCACUAGCCCUACCGUCUCCCCAGCAGAGGUCCAGACCAGUAGCCCUACRAGCCAGCCCUACCGUCUCCCCAGCAGAGGUCCAGACCACUAGCUCUACCAUUUUCCCCAGCAUGGCUCUCUCCGGGCCGGGUGGCUUCCUCUCUGAGGAUCAGUUCAUCUGUUCUAUCUGCCUGGAUGUGUUCACCAACCCAGUCUCCACACCCUGUGGUCACAGCUACUGUCUGGACUGCAUCUCCACCUACUGGGAUGGAGGAGGAGGGAAGACGUGUGUGUGCCCGCUGUGUAAGGAGAGCUUCAGGAAGAGGCCGGACCUUCACAUCAACCGCACCCUGAAGGAGAUCACCGAGCAGUUUAAGAAGAUGGCGGACGGAUUGGACUGGGGGGCCAUGGUGAUUGAAGGAGGGAUUGAGAGUCAAGGUUGGGGUGGCGGUGGAAAUGAGGGGGUGUCAUACGGGGUUGAGCGUCCUCCGGUCCCUCCAAAACCCCCAGGGAUGGGUGUGAUGCCUGGGGAUUUGUUGUUGGAGAUGAAGACCAGGUUACAACGACCUUUGAAAUCCAGAACCCCUCCGCCCGUCCUCCACCCCCACCCCCCCUCACCCWUCUCCUCCAACACCACCGCCCUCUCGCCCCCCGCCCCUCCUGUUGUCCCACGCAGAUACACCCUGAGCGGGCCUGCUGAUUCCUCCGGCGACGCGCCUCUCUGUCCCGAACACCAGAGGGGGCUGGAGUUCUUCUGCCGGACGGACCAGACGUGUGGGUGUGCCGUGUGCAUGGAGGGAGAGCACCAUGGACACCAGGUUAUACCAGCCAAGAGAGAGUGGCUCAUUAAGAAGUCUCAGUUGGAAAUCACAGAGGCGGAGCUGAGGGACAUGAUCACACAGAGAGAAAAGAAGGUGGAGGACAUCAGGACAUCACUGGAGGACAUACAGGCGUGUGCGGAGCAUGAGACAGCGGGCAGCAUGCAUGUGUUCUCUGCCCUGGUGAGCUCUGUGGAGAGGAGCCAGGCAGAGCUGCUGGAGGUGAUAGAGAUGUCGCAGCGGGCUGCACAGCACCGAGGACAGACCCUCAUCAGAGACCUAGAGCAGGAGAUCUCUGAGCUGAGGAAGAGAAGCGCCACCCUCACCCAGCUAGCCCAGUCUGACGACUACGUACUUUUCUUUAAGACAUUCUCCACCCCGCCUCAGACCAGGGAUUGGUCGGAUGCUGUUGUGACCUCUGACCUCACCUCAGGGCGGUGCUUCUUACUGUCAAUCAAAUGGUGGAGCGGUUUCAGGGAGGACCUCAAGAGACUGCCGGAGAUCUGUGAGUUAUGGCUGACCGUUGUUGAACUCCUAUACAUUCCAUCUAUGAGACAGAGACAAUCUGGUUAUUUUUGGGUCCCAAGGCAAAACCAGUUGAGAACCUAUAGACCCAUACACUGCAUUGUCUUUUGUUGGCCAGGUCUGCGUCCUCAACCUCAAACAGACCAAUCCGUGGGGAGAUAUAUUCCAAGUUUGCUUUCUCAACCAAACCAUGCUGUAGGACGAAAUAGUCCAAAUUUACCUUCUCAAGCAGACCAGUCCCUGGGAAGAUGUAGUCCAAGUUUGCGUUCUCCACCUCCACCAGAACACUCUGUAGGAAGAGAUAGUCCAGAUUGGCUUUCUCAACCUCAACCAGACCAGUCAGUGGGAAGAAAUCCAAAACCAAAGGUGAGGAUAGUGCAGGAAUAUGCAGUGGACAUAACCCUGGACCCUCUCACCGCCCACCCCCGCCUGCUCAUCUCUGACGACGGCAAGCAGGUGCGCUGCUGGGACCGCUACCAGCCCGUGCCGGACGGCCCCGAGCGCUUUGACCGUGUGGUCUGCGUCCUCGGGCGCCAGGCCUUCUCUUCGGGACGCCAUUACUGGGAGGUGGAGGUGGGUGGGAAGACGGACUGGGACCUGGGCGUGGCAAGCCACUCCAUCAACAGGAAAGGGAAGAUCAUAGUAAGCCCCGCCCACGGCUACUGGUUCCUGAGUCUCCGGGAUAAGAASGACUACGCGUUCCGAACYGAACCGUCGACAGCGCUGGGCCUCAACCACAAACCCAACCGUAUAGGGAUCUACGUAGACUGUGAUAAGGGACAGGUGUCCUUCUAUAACYUGGACGCUAAGAUGCUCAUCUAUACAUUCACCGACAGCUUCUCGGAUGCCAUUCAUCCCUUCUUCAGCCCUUGCACCAAUAAGUCUGGCAGGAACGAGGCGCCGCUCAUCAUUUGUCCUGUCUCGAUGCCUCUGMUGGACUGAGAUGGGUUUUAGUUMUUUUGUGCAUUCCUAAAGGUAGCUUCCUGUCUGUCCUUGUUCCAUGUUCUUCACUGAGCCAAUAGGACYGGACUGGAUAGGUCAAAGCAAUAUGGUGGAAGSUAUAGCUGAUGCGCRCAAUAUACRCAGAUGUCUCAUGUCAACAUAGGGAAGUGAACAAGGCCAGAAGAGAGGGAACAAUUUUCUGGAAUGAAAUACAGUCUCUUAGAACCAUUCAUAAUGACCUCCUGUGUUCUAUGGAGCUGACCAAUGGAUACUCUGGAUACUGAGUCUGGAUUGGACUGAUCAUUUUGACRAAUACAACCGACUACAGUCCAUCWGUSUGAGAAUGAAGGAUUUCACCAUCUGUCCUUAUCACACGAUGGAUUKAUCUGUCUWUAUUGGGUCAUAUGUGUCUCACAUGGCUCCCUAUUCCCAUUUAGUCUGCUUCUUUGACCAGAGCCCUAUGGGCSCUAUGUAUUGCAMUACUAUAGGGAAUAGUGUGUUAUUUGGGACAUAACCACAGUCAUACAAAUAAAACAUAUUACUUGUAUAUUACAAUCCAGUUUUUGAAGGAUGUCCACAAUAAACCAAAUGUCAACUAUGUGGACUGGGAYCCACCGAGUAAGACCCAGAGACAAACACAAAGACAAGGAAUCCUUUAUGAGCCAGUCAAUUUAGUCAUCGUAUUCUACACAGAGUGGACAAAAUUUUAAAAACACCUGCUCUUUCCAUGACACAGACUGACCAGGUGAACCCAGGUGAAAACUAUGAGCCCUUACUGAUGU